CGCACAUGCGCACUUCGCACCUGCCCGAAGCCGCCCUCGUCGCUGUCUUUGUCUCAGGCACAUCGUGCGCGGCUACGUGACAUCACUGCGCGCCGGCUCGUUCUUUGUUUACUUCCCUGCCGGGCUCCCACCCCCAGGAGCUCAGAAUCCUGGCCGGCGUUGAGUUGGGAGGGGGGCCGAUGUCGCGAGCUGUCUCCAGGCGCGCGCGGCGGAGAGUGGCGCUCUGAUUGGUGACGGGAGCCACUGGAGGGGCUCGCGCGUCCUUGCUGUAACUGCUAGGCGCCCCGCCGGGCUCGGGCGCCUCCUCAGAGCGAGGCUGGGGCUGUUGCUGGGCGCCGCUUUCCCCUCCGUGCUGUGCAUGACCCCGCAUUGGUUCGGGAAGCCCUUGUCUCCUUGGCGGUGAGAAGAAGAAGAGAGAAGGAGGGUAAGGAAGCGGGGAGCAUGGCGGCCUCGGCGUCGGAAAAAAGCAACAAGAAGAAAACGGAGAAGAAACUCGCCGCUCGAGAAGAAGCCAAGUUACUGGCCAGCUUUAUGGGAGUCAUGAAUACCAUGAGGAAGCAAGUAAGACGGCGAGGUUUUGUUGCCAUCCUACAACAACCCUGUAAGAAAACACUUUGUGAUGUCAUUCUCAUGGUCCAGGAAAGGAAGAUCCCAGCUCAUCGUGUUGUACUUGCUUCAGCCAGUCACUUCUUUAAUUUGAUGUUUACCACAAAUAUGAUUGAAUCAAAGUCAUUUGAAGUGGAGUUAAAAGAUGCAGAACCAGAUAUUAUUGAGCUGCUUGUGGAGUUUGCUUAUACAGCAAGAAUUUCUGUGAACAGCAACAACGUUCAGUCAUUGCUAGAUGCAGCGAAUCAAUAUCAAAUUGAACCUGUGAAAAAGAUGUGCGUGGACUUCUUAAAAGAGCAAGUUGAUGCUUCAAAUUGUCUUGGUAUAAGUGUGUUAGCAGAAUGUCUUGACUGCCCAGAACUAAAGGCUACUGCAGAUGACUUUAUUCAUCAGCAUUUCACAGAGGUUUACAAGACAGAUGAGUUUCUGCAGCUAGAUGUUAAACGUGUGACACAUCUCCUGAACCAAGACACUCUGACUGUAAGAGCAGAAGAUCAGGUUUAUGAUGCUGCAGUCAGGUGGCUGAAGUAUGAUGAGCCAAACCGUCAGCCAUAUAUGGUUGACAUUCUUGCUAAAGUCAGGUUUCCUUUAAUUUCAAAGAAUUUUCUCAGUAAAACAGUGCAAGCUGAGCCACUAAUCCAGGACAACCCUGAGUGUCUCAAAAUGGUUAUCAGUGGAAUGAGAUACCAUCUGCUUUCUCCAGAGGAUAGAGAAGAACUGGUUGAUGGCACUCGCCCACGAAGAAAAAAGCAUGAUUACCGCAUUGCCUUGUUUGGAGGAUCACAGCCACAGUCAUGUCGAUAUUUCAAUCCAAAGGAUUACACCUGGACAGACAUCCGAUGUCCUUUUGAAAAGCGUAGGGAUGCAGCCUGUGUCUUCUGGGACAAUGUAGUUUAUAUUUUGGGUGGUUCUCAGCUUUUCCCUAUAAAACGGAUGGACUGCUACAAUGUAGUAAAAGACAGCUGGUAUUCCAAACUGGGGCCUCCAACACCUCGUGAUAGCUUGGCAGCUUGUGCAGCAGAAGGUAAAAUUUAUACAUCUGGUGGUUCAGAAGUAGGAAAUUCUGCUUUGUACUUGUUUGAAUGCUAUGAUACAAGAACAGAAAGUUGGCACACAAAGCCCUGUAUGCUGACUCAGCGGUGCAGUCAUGGCAUGGUAGAGGCAAAUGGGUUGAUUUAUGUAUGUGGAGGAAGUUUGGGGAACAAUGUUUCUGGAAGAGUCUUGAAUUCUUGUGAAGUUUACGAUCCAGCAACAGAAACGUGGACAGAGCUGUGUCCAAUGCUUGAAGCUCGAAAGAAUCAUGGGCUAGUCUUUGUGAAAGACAAAAUAUUUGCCGUUGGAGGGCAAAAUGGGUUAGGUGGCUUAGACAAUGUGGAAUAUUAUGACAUUAAAAUGAAUGAGUGGAAGAUGGUCUCCCCCAUGCCAUGGAAAGGUGUAACAGUGAAAUGUGCAGCAGUAGGUUCUAUUGUUUAUGUUUUAGCUGGUUUUCAGGGUGUAGGCCGAUUAGGGCACAUCCUUGAAUAUAAUACUGAAACUGACAAGUGGAUAGCCAACUCCAAAGUUCGUGCUUUUCCAGUGACCAGCUGUUUAAUCUGUGUAGUUGAUACUUGUGGAGCAAACGAGGAGACGUUAGAAACGUGAAGACUUUAUAGAAACUUUAAGACACUUCCUGAAAGAGCAAGUCUCCACUCACGAUGCAUCUGCAUUUCAGUUUCAUCUUGUCAGAGUGAAUACUAUGGAAAACCAAGAUGCAAUCCUGGAUUAUCUCUCAACCAUGUAUAUAAUGUGAAUUUGCUUGUACAAGUUUUCUUUUUUAAUUUCCUGUCUAAGAAUUGGAAGCAUUUCAAGAAUCUGCCGAUUUAGUUUGAAGACUCAUGAAAUUCAUUUAUGCAGUAUUGCCAAAAACCAAACCUGCCUAGUCAAUAUUGUGAAGAGGUUGGGGGUGGGUUUUUUUGUUUUAAAAAAGACUGCAUUUUUCAGUUAAAAUACCUGAAAUUCUUCAGGUAAGAAAAGUGAGUGAGACCAUUUGUCAUUAAUCACUGUAAGCUUGCGCAAACAGCUUGCCUACAGAGAAAUGAACCUGCAUGACAGUACUGUAGUACAUCGUGGGACUGGAGCUGUGUACUGAAGUGUUGACGUGGAGAAGCAGUUGAAUUGAAAUACAGUACUCUAAUUAUGAAGCUUCCGUGUGUAUGGAGUUAGCUUGGAUAAUUAAGGGGAUAUGUCUACAUAAGCUUGUUUCCUUGUUUGGUGCUUUAUUUCAUAACUGGAAUGGUGCCUCGUGAUAGACAGAUACUUUUCUUCCCAGACAUUCUUACACUAAGAUGGAUGCCAACUAUGCAAACAUGCCCUGUGGUAUGUUUCCAAUUAUACCUGUUGGGCAUAUGUAUGGUGGGCAACCUAGUAUGAGUGUGCUGCAGGGAUCAGGUGCGUGUGUGUUUGUUUGUGUGUGUGUGUGUGUGUAGAGAGAGGGAGAGUACAUCUGCUCCCUGAAACUAGCACUAUACAGAUGAGCACAUGAUGCACUUCCCCAUCCCCAUGAGGGUUAAGACCUGUAUAUACCCCUAAAUGCACGCUAGAGAGCAGCUAUGAGACAGACUACAUGUUUAGUUAGCAAUACAGUUGAGAUGAAGGUUAAACCUGCUCUGGCAAACCCAGUCCUUUGGCAAGCCAGUUUUCCCUUACUCCCCAACAUUAUUACUAAUUACAUAUUGGGGUUUUUUCUUACAGGAAUGAAUGGGAAUUGAGCUUGCUCUUUGCUCUGGUUUAGUUUCUUGGUCACACCAGAGUGUGUCAAAGAUGAAGCCCAGAAUAUGGCUUCUAUCUAGAAUUUCCAAUCUUUUCAAUCCCUAUUUUGGAAUGGAUCAAAAUGUUAUACCCAUUUCUUACAUGCUGUUAUAAUACCAUGUACAGUUUCAAAAUCUCUGCAUAAUGUUUGUGCAGUCAAAGGAGCUAAUCACGAGCUUGCCUAUGCGAAGGUGAAUGACAUUUUUAUUGGGCCAAAUGACUCAGAGCAUUUUAUGCCCAUUUUUUUCUCCAAAACUUUAAUCUGGUUUGCAACCUACUGAGACCUUGAAAUAUAUCAGUUCUAAGUUGAAACACCCUGUACUGUUAAGGUACGCAUUGUGUAAAUGCUUCUUACUGCUGUUCUUUAGUCAGGAAAUCCUUUAAUGAGUAGUUUUGAAACUAUAAUUAAGCUAUGAUGCAUAUACCAGCACAAAGAGAUACAAAUCUGACCUUGCAAGGACUGUUCUUCAUUUUAUAAAUAGUGUAGGGUUUUUAAAUCAAUUCUGAAGCACACUUUUCUAAUUCUGUUUUGAAGGAUUUGUUUUUUCUUAAACUAACAAAUUUGCCAAAAAUGGAAUAAUUUUGAAUAUCAGUGAUGAAGCUUUAAAGCUCACCUUUCUACACCAAUGCAGAUACUAGAAACAGUUUGUCUUCCUUUUAAAAACAAAUCAAUCCCCUUAACAAGUGGGGUUCCCUUUUUAAUGGCAUAGUGAUAUUCAGUUAGUCCAAAUAUGGGCAACACAGUAUAAAAGCUGGGGUUUUAAAAUUUUCCUUGGUUCUAAAUUGCUCCAUAUUAUGUAUCUAGGGAGUGUGAUAGAUCUGAUUCAUUGUCAGUUCUUGAUAUAUAAACAUACUCAGAGCAGCAAAUUUUCUUAGACUGUUUUGUGUAUUGACAAAUAUGUAUUGAUAAGCCUUUACUAUCAAAUAUUUGUUCAGUAUCAGCAGUGUUUUUGGAAAUGAAGGAAAUACCUCAGUGAGGCUUGUGGGUCAGUAAACUUGUUAAAUUAAAUAUAUUUGUUUUCUUAAA